AUGUCAAACAAUAGUCGGUCUGCAACAAGUUAUGACCUAACUGAGUUUUCUUACAUAUCAAAUGAACAAAAUUACACUGGAGUAUAUUUGAAUCAACAUUUUUUAGAAAACAUUYCUAUUGGGGUACUCAACGAGCCAGAAAGUACUGGUGAAGCUAUAGAUAGUAGUGAUACGGAAGUGGUACAUGUAUUAGACCAAUUAAAUCCACCUGAACAAAGCUUGGAAAUAAUACCAGGUCCWGUAAUUAAUAUCGUCGAUUUAAACGAAACACCUUUAACGCUGAAUUUAGAAUCUUACGAACCAGUCGUUGAAUCAUAUUAUAGGAACAAUACUGCUCUCGGACCAAUUUCCAUUGACAAUGCUUGUAAUAAUCCAAACAUAAGAGAUAUAAGAAAUGAAUUGUAUUUCCAUACAAGUUUACAACAUUUKAUACCUGGGGAACAAGGAAGAGGACAAUUUUCUGGAUAUAAGAUUGUAAAUGCACACCAAUCUUACUCUCCUACAUUCAGACCACUUAGUCAAAAUUAUUAUGGUCAUAAUAACAACACGUCCGAUGUACAGGAAUAUGAUCCAUACUCUAGUAGAAUUUCUCCUAGUUCAUCAUACCGAUGUGAAUCAGAUAUAAAAUAUUGCAAAUCUCUACAAAACAAAUUUGAUUUCUCAAAUACCUCAACACGUGAUCCAAGGCUAAUGAAACUCGAUAAAAAUAAAUUUUUUGAACGUAGGUUAGAUAAUUUUGAUGGAUUAACACCAAUAAGAUAUAACAAUAGAGGACAAUAUUUGAACGAGAAUUUAAAAACAAUCAACAUGAAAUUAAAAAACAUGAACUCAAGUUACAAAUUUAGUGUUGUAAAUGAUUUACGUAGCAUUAAUAACUUUAAUGAAGACAGCAUCAGACACAGAGAAGAACCUUGUGUUGAAAAUACACGAAUCGACAAGGAUGCUGAAUCAAACAUAGACCAAAAUAACUACUUAAAUAACUUGAAUACUGAACGAUGUCAAAAACAAAAUGUAGAAAAGAUGUUUGGUGCAAUAGAUUUAAGGCGUGAUAAUGAGGAUAUUGUAAACGAUAUGGAAGCUAGAAGAACUUCUAAUGUGUCAGAAAAAUAUCAUAAAGAGAAAAUGGAACUCGGGAAAUCAAGAGGAGACGAACGAAAUAAGUUAACAAAAACUGUAGGGAAUAUAAUUGAUAAUCUAAAUGAUGAUAUAAGUGAUUCGAGAUGCACAACAAAAACACUUUUAAAGGAAAAAGAUGUAGUAAUUGAAUCACAUAAUUUGAAAGAUAAAACAAAAAACAACAUUGAAAAAUCUAAAGAAAGCAUUUUAACCGUUGACAAUUACAAAUUUGAUAAUAAGCACAAUAAUAGGUCAGAGAAAAAAUCACAUGAAUACAAAUCGAAUAAAUAUGAUAAAUUUAAAGGAAACUCUAAGCAUUCUGAAACUUAUACAAAUACAAAUUUAAAUAAAACUUAUUUCGAUGUCUCACACAUCGUUUCUGAAUUCAAAAAUACUAAUUCUAGUUUGGAAAUAAAUAGUGACAAAAUCAGCAAUAAACAAACAAAUAACUCAAAUAUAUGGAUAAAACGGGUUUAUUUUGAAGAUGAAACUGAUGAUGAAUUAAAAAAUGGGACGGAUGGAAUAUAUGUACUUGAAAAUUUUAAUACAGACAAGAUACGUAUAAAAAACAUAACUGAAUUAAAUGAAAUUAAUCAAAAUGAAAUAAUUAAUUCAGUAGAAACUGUUUACGGUGAAUCCUGUGUCGGAGUAGAGUUGAAUCCUAAUAUUUCUACUGAAAGUGCUAAAUCAGCUACGAACGUAGGUGAAAAAAUACACUACGCUCGUGAUGAAAUAUCAAUCAGAGAGCAAGAUACAAAAGAAACAAUUGAAUCUAACUUUAUAGGCAGAAGUUAUCGUUACAAAAAUCGCAGAUCACCAAUAGAUUUGAACAAAUUCAUUCAAAAUAACAUUGGAUUCCUUCAUCGAGUUACUAAUGCAGAUUCGCUCAAAUCGAAUACCACCCAAUUAUUACCAAAAUCUGAUCGUAAGUAA